AUGUCUUUUCCUAAAUCUAUACCGGAUUGGAACAACCUCAAAGUGAUCCAUAAGAACACCCUUCCACCGCGGGCGCACUUCUACAGCUACGCCUCAGAGGAACUUGCCCUCACUUUCAACCGCGACAAAAGCGAGUAUAUUUCCCUGAAUGGCACGUGGAAAUUCCGACACGAUGCGUCUCCUUUCGAGGCACCUGAAUGGACGGUUGCCGAUCCCUUGAGUUGGGACGACAUUAAAGUGCCAGGAAUGUGGCAGCUACAGGGCUAUUCCCACCCGACCUACACCAACGUCAACUAUCCAUUCCAUGUGAAUUCCCCUCAAGUGCCACUACUCAACGAGACUGGAUCUUAUUGGAGGCAGUUUGUAACUCCUUCCACGUGGAAAGAACAACAGAUUCGUAUCCGCUUUGAAGGCGUUGAUAGUGCUUUUCAUCUCUGGAUCAACGGAGAAGAGGUUGGGUACUCGCAAGGUUCACGUAACCCCAGCGAGUUUGAUAUCACAUCCCUACUCAAACCAGCCGGAUCUGUGAACACCAUUGCGGUGCGCGUGUACGAGUUCUGUGAUGGAUCGUAUAUCGAGCGGCAGGAUCAGUGGCUUCUCAGUGGUAUCUUCCGAGAUGUUGGGUUGCUUGCGUUUCCGCUAAAUUCAAUGGUCGACUUCAACGCCGUACCAACGCUUAGCGAGGACCUAUCUACAGGCCAGCUACUCACAGAUGUCAAGAUACAGGGGGAAGAUGGCGAUGUUCAGGCCAGGUUAUAUCGACCGGAUGGCAAAUUGCUCAAGGAAUUGACAUUCUGUUCUAAAGACUCCGGCCGUAUCGAUGUAUCUGCUGAUGAUUUGAAGCUGUGGUCUGCCGAGGAUCCUGUUCUCUAUACAUUGACCCUAUCAUUUAAUGGCCGUACAAUUACGCAGCGGGUUGGAUUCCGGCGUAUCGAGCAAAAAGGAGCGAACUUCUUGGUUAACGGAAAACCCAUCAUUUUAUACGGUAUGAACCGCCACGAGCAUCACCAUCUCCAUGGCCGCGCCGUGCCAUAUGAAAAUAUGCGUGCAGACCUCAUUCUGAUGAAGAAACAUAACAUCAAUGCCUUGCGUUGCUGUCAUCAACCCAAUGACCCCAGACUGUACGAAGUUUGUGAUGAACUUGGUCUUUAUGUCAUGGCCGAGGCCGAUCUUGAGACACAUGGUUUUGACCCCGUGGAACGCUCCAAUAUCCCGAACCAGCACCUUAUGACUGAAUACGAAAUUCAGGAGACAUCUUACAAGAUGGCUACCAAAUGGACGUCCGACAAUCUAGAAUGGAGGGAUGCUUAUCUUGAUCGGGCAGUUGAACUUGUUCAACGCUUCAAGAACUUCCCUUGUAUUAUCAUGUGGUCGCUUGGCAACGAGGCGUUCUACGGGCAGAACCACGCGAGUAUGUACAAGUGGAUUAAACAGGCCGACCCAACUCGUCUCGUUCACUACGAGGGUGAUCGGGAGGCCCUCAGCGCUGAUUUAUAUUCCACCAUGUACUGGAGUAUCGACGACCUCAAAAGGCACAUCAAGGAGAAGCCAGAUCGACCUCUGAUACAAUGUGAAUACGCGCACGCCAUGGGCAACGGACCAGGUGGAUUGAAAGAAUACAUCGAGGCCUACCGCACGGAAAAGCUGCUCCAAGGCGGCUUCAUCUGGGAGUGGUGCAACCAUGGCCUUCUCAAAAGAGAUGGUGACAUUUCAUAUUACGCAUACGGCGGCGACUUUGGCGACGAGCCCAAUGAUGCCGACUUUAUCCUUGAUGGAAUGGUGUUUUCGGAUCACACACCCAGCCCGGGGCUAACCGAAUACAAAAAGGCAAUUGAACCAGUCACGGUGACACUCAAGGGAAGCUCCCUGGAGGUAGUAAACCAUUACGACUUUAAUACCCUCGACCACCUGUCAAUCUCAUGGCACAUUGUUAAGGAAACCGGAAACACUGAGCGAGUACCAUUGCAGAUCCCCCAGAUUAAGCCCGGAGAAUCUAAGCUCCUAGAUCUACCCGAUGGUGUGACUUUUAGUUCUGAUCCAAGCUGGCUUACCAUCAACUUCCGACUCAAAGUGGCCACAUCCUGGGCACCCGAAGGACAUGAAGUUGCUUGGGCACAAAUUCCCUUGUUUGAAGACCAAAAACCCGCAAUUCCCCCAGCAGCGAUCUCGUCAAAAUCGACAAUGUCAGUUCAGGAGGGAUCUGGACGGCUAUACAUCAACUCCAACAGCUUCGCCUCGCACUUCACCUACGACCUAAUCCGAGGAGACUUGUCGUGGUCCACCGAAAGAGGCAAAAUCUUCAACAGCGGACCACAGUUAGGGAUAUACCGCGCCUUGACACAAAAUGACGUCGGAUCAGCGGGACCUAGUGCUGAGUGGAACCGCUUCCGCGUGAAAAGCAGUAGGAUGCUUGUCGAAUCCGCCAACUGGCGUGUUAAUGACGACAACAGAAGCGUACUAAUCACCACGAAAGUCCGCGUCGCACCCACCGUGCUGGAAUGGGCAUUCGAGGCUAUCCUCACGUACACCAUCACGGAGACAUCCGUGGCUCUGCAUGUCAAGGGUGAUUUCAUAGGCACGCACCCAACAUACAUCCCAAGAAUCGGUCUCACACUCCGCCUUCCGCGACAAUAUGAUGCUGCGACGUGGUUUGGCAGAGGUCCCGGGGAAUCGUACCGUGACACAAAGUCGGCUGCACGGUUUGGAAAGUAUACGGCCUCGAUUGAGAGCGGUCUCGAGACGCCGUAUGAGUGGCCCCAGGAGAACGGGAAUCGCAUCGAUACACGCUGGGUGAACGUCCACUCCUCCCCUGGGUAUAAGUCUUAUGCUGCCUCUGCUGGAGCGAUUGCGCCUAUUCCUAGGAUCAGAGCGUCUAUGGAUACGCCGUUUAGUUUCUCCCUUCGUAAGUAUGCGACGGCGGAGCUUGACAGGGCUAAACACCCGCAUGAGCUUUCGGAGCUGGAUAACGAAACCGAGCUUAAUAUUGACUAUGCCCAUCAUGGGAUUGGAACAGCGAGCUGUGGGCCUGGUGCAUUCGAGGGCCAUAGACUUGAGGCUGGGGCGUUUGAGUUUACCACUACCUUUAGUCUCACUGGCGACGAAAAGGCCUGA